AUGUCUGGCAGAGGCAAGAAAGCUGUGACUAAGCCAAAAUCCUCAGUCUCCCGGUCAUCCAGAGCAGGAAUCACUUUCCCAGUAGGCCGCAUCCACAGACUGCUGAGGCGUGGGGGCUAUGCCGACCGGGUGGGGAGCGGCGCUGCAGUCUACCUGUCCGCCAUCUUGGAAUACCUCUGCGCUGAAAUUCUGGAGCUGGCGGGGAAUGCCAGUCACGACAACAAGAAGCAUCGGAUUGCCCCUCGCCACAUCUUGCUGGCGGUGAGGAACGACGAGGAGCUGAACAAGCUGCUGGCUGGAGUCACAAUUUCAGAAGGAGGGGUCAUCCCGAAUAUCCAGGCCAGCCUCCUGCCGAAGAAGACGAAGGAGUCAAAGAAGGAUGUCUCCGGCGCUCGAGAUGUUCAAUCUCAAGAGUUUUGA